UUUUGGCUCGGUUGGUGUGUCGGAGAAGGAUGUCCUUCUGCCUCCUUGCUGACGUUGCUGGGCCCUGCGAUAUUUGCAGGAGCAUAUGGGCGAGUGUACAUGGGCUUGAACCUGGACUCUGGCGAGCUGAUUGCAGUGAAGCAGAUGUGCAUUGCACAUAAUAACGCCACCAAAGGUAGGGCUCAGUCCCACACUCGCGAGCUGGAGGAAGAGGUGAAGCUUCUUCAGAAUCUGUCCCAUCCCAGCAUUGUGCGUUAUCUGGGGACUGCGAGGGAGGAGGAAGCUCUGAACAUUUUCCUUGAAUUCGUUCCUGGAGGAUCGAUUGCCUCUCUCCUGGGAAAAUUCGGUUCCUUCACGGAGACGGUCAUGCGGAUGUAUACUAGGCAGCUGCUCCUGGGAUUGGAAUACCUCUACAAUAACCAUAUCAUGCACCAGGACAUCAAGGGUGGGAACAUUCUGGUGGACAACAAAGGGUGCAUCAAGCUUGCUGAUUUCGGUGCGUCUAAGAAAGUCGUUGAGCUCGCUACCAUCUCCGAAGCUAAAUCGAUGAAAGGAACCCCUUACUGGAUGGCUCCCGAGGUCAUUCGGCAGCCUGGCCACAACUGGCAGGCCGACAUGUGGAGCGUCGGGUGCACCGUCAUAGAGAUGGCGACUUGCAAGCCUCCCUGGAGUCAGCAGUUUCAGGAGGUAGCAGCGCUGUUUCAUAUAGGAACUACCAAGUCUCACCCUCCCAUUCCCGACCACUUGUCUGCGGAUGGGAAAGACUUUCUGUUGAAACUUUUGCAAAUGGAGCUUCGGUUGAGGCCGAGCGCUGCAGAGAUGUUGAAGCAUCGGUUUGUACAGAGCUAUGAGGUAUGUAGCGGUCGGGAGGGUGGCGAGGGCGGUCGAGUGUCGGAAGGGGAUGUGCGGCCGACAAAUAGCGGGUGCAGCGUGAGAACGCCAAUGUCUUUCCUGGAUUCCUUGAAAGGUUCACUUCGGCAGGGUGGUGUGGAAUUGUGGGAUUCGGGUGGUGAGUCUGUGAAGGAGCCCGCGUUUUCCUUCAAGGAUCCUCAAGCGUCGUUCGAAAGGUACUUGAACACGGACAGUGCUGAGAUCGCUCACGCCGAGGAUCUGAAUUGUUCUAUGCGUUUGGACUCUGUACGGAUGGAUUCUCUGGGGUUAGGUUCUGUGAGAGACUCUGUCAGGUUGGCUUCCUUGAGGGACUCCGUGAGGUUGGAUAUGUCGGAUUGUUUGCAAACUUGUCGUUCCGGGCAAGUUUUGCCUCGUGGAACCAUGUGCGUAAGAGCCGCUCUGUGCAAACUGGGACCUUUCGGUGAGGUCCUGGAGAUUGAGGAAAUCAAGUGCAUUCAACCUAUUGUGGAAGUAAUCACGGCCGAAUCCUGCGAGCAUCGGAAGGCGGAUUGUUUGUUGAGCAAUCUUGAAAGGUAUCCUGGAGGGCCUGGGUGGUUUCGCUGGUUAGUUGGAUAUGUUGUGAACGUAAAGUUAGAGCGUUAGGAGGAGACACGCCCUGUCUGACGCCUUACGUGACCUCCACCCUGCGAACGACGUCUUCAUUUUGUGUUGGGCAUCACCUGUGAGCGUUCGGGUGCUUGGCUCUCCUUGGUGGGUGGCGUGAUCGCUUGGAGCUGUGGUUUCGGUGGAUUAUGCGUGUGUGCUCAGCAAUGUAACGACCUCCAUCGCCAGGUUGAACUUGUACUUGAAGCUGCAACAGCAGGUCAAAAGGAUUUAAUUUGUCUUGGGAAUGUUGAUGACUUUGGGGAGUGGAAAAGGAGUGGCUGGGCAGGGGCACAAAAUUCUCAAGCAGGGCGUUUCAAGUUGUGACACUUGUUUGGGAAAACUUGAGUCCCAGACGACUAGAAGCCAGGUAAACGGGGACUUUAACAUGGUAAAAUGGCCUCAAGACAAGUCAUCCUUUUGUAGUCGCUUUAUAUCCGGUGGUGAAAAACUCUCAUGGGAAGAACUAAAUGUACAGCUUCAGCUAUCUGAUCCAUUCAAGUUCAAAGGCAGACUUUGAUUCUCUUGAGAUAAUUGCCACAUGGAUGGUGCAGAAUUAUGGGGAGGCUCGACUGCCACUACGUCUAAGGCCUCCACGACGUAGUACGCAAUUAUUUGAUUCUAGGUAAUAGUACUAUAUCUGAUCACUUGCUAGUCCAAAUAGAUCUUAUUCUACACAAUGACGGACGCAAACACGACAGUUAUAAAAUGAACAUGUGAUUUAUGGGCGAUCCAGCUGUGAUAGAAGCGACGCUCAGAAUCUGGGCAAAACCAAGACGAGCUCUCUCCACUUUCUUCACUUGACUCCACAAAUCUUUUCAAUGGUAUAAAAGCUAAUGUAAGCAAAAAGCAGAUGCAGAAAGCCAAAUAGAACAACUGGGUUGGGAGGAACUAAUCCGAGCACAGGAACGGCUACAAAGUGACCCUGCAAAUGAGGCCUUCCAAAUACAAGAAGAUAAAACUUGCAGUGCUUUGCUAGCUAUUGAAAAUUUUAAGCAAGGAAGAUGGCUCCAAGCUUGCCUGCGGUGGAAGACUACGAGUGAUUCCAUGACAAGGGAGCUCUUCUCUGUCGUCAGGGAUAAACCAGCUUGCUCCAUCAUGCUUGAACUCCGUGGCUACAACGAAGAAUAGAUUUUGGGCAACCCGACCAUUGAAGGAGAAUGUCUUGCCUAUUUCUCUGCACUCUACCAAACCAAGCAUAGAGAUGCAACCUCCCUACAAGUUGAGCGUGAGAUUUUAGAAGCCUUACCCGCAAGCGUAACGCCGCUAAUGAUGUUCUUCCUUCGCAAGGCAGCGUGUGCCCUUGCCAAAGACUGUGCUCUUGGCCCAAAUGACGUAGCAAUCGAUUAUUUCGUGGAGUACUAGGAUAUCUUUAGGGAGGACUACUCCCAUGUGGUCGACGCAGCCCUCACCAGGGGCUCCUUCUCCAAUAGCAUCAGCAAAGGCCUGAUCACUUUGCUACACAAAAGAGGAGACACGACAAUUCUUGGAAACUGGUGGAAACUGGAAACUGGUGACCCAUCAUGCUACUCAAUGUGGCAUACAAAAUAUAUGCGAAGGCACUGCAAAGACAACUCUAGGAUCACCUAGGUGGCAUUAACAAUCACGAUUAGAGAGCUUUCUUCCCAUACAGAUUCAUAUUGGACAACAUACUUCUUACACAUGAGACAUUGGCGUGAGCAAAAAAGUCUAAACAAAAUGCAAUCUUCCUCAAACUAGACUUCUCUAAGACAUACAAUCAAAUGAAUUGGAAAUUCUUACUCAUCAUCAUGGCUGAAAUGGAAUUCAUCUUAAGGAAUUCAUAAGCAUGGUUCAGCUCACCUUCACUGGGGCAGAGGCGAUGAUUCAUGUCAACAGCUAAGCUACUGCCCUCAUUCUUAUCCUUUGAGGAGUAAGCAAAGGUUGCUUCUUAGCGCUCUAUUUGUUUCUGAUAGUGAGAGGAGCCUUCAACGCCAAAGUCAGGUAUUUGUUUCUGAUAGUGAGAGGAGCCUUCAACGCCAAACUCAGGUAUUUGUUUCGGAUAGUGAGAGAGGCCUUCAACGCCAAAGUCAGGCAAGUCCAACAAGUCAAAUGGAUUUAGGGAGUAGACUUACCAAGAUCAACAGCCCAGCAACUCAUCCUGCAAUUUGCAGAAAAUACUUCCUUCACGAUAAAAGCUGAGAGGAAUUUAGUUGCCAACCUUGUUAAGAUCUUGUUCACAUUCCGCAAAGCCUUUGGCUUAGUCAUUAACUAGUCUAAAUCUGGAGUAUACUAGAUUGGCAGGAAAACCACCCCCAGCAUGAAUCCAGAUUUAUGAUUGAAUUUGGUUGGAAGGUAACUUAAUCAAGUUACCAGGCACCUUGUUUGGACUAUCCCUAACCACAUUUGACAUGGAUAAGUUUCUACUUAACAAAGUAAAGGAGAAAUUCAACUAUUA